GCUGGCGGGAGAGCGCGCCGAUGUCCGCGCGCGCGGGAGCGGUCUUCUCCAGCAGAGCCUAGAGCAGAAGCUGGCUGGCAUGCAGAAGUGCUUAUUGAGGAAGACCUGUUGAUUGGAAGGAGUGCUCUGACCGGAGGACCCGGUGGACCAGGCCUCGUGCCUGAGCCUGAGAUAGGACCCCUUCCUAGGGACCAGCUGGGCUCUCUUGGCUCCCCUCCAUCUGUUGACUCUGUACAUCCGCAAGCGCCAGACGGAGAGAACUGCCAGCCAGGCACAGCAGAGCACCCCGGCACAGCCCAGCACCCUGGCAGCAUGACAACCAGUCAACAGCCUCAGGACAGAUACAAAGCUGUUUGGCUUAUCUUCUUCAUGCUGGGCCUGGGGACGCUGCUCCCCUGGAACUUUUUCAUGACGGCCACUAGGUACUUCACCACCCGCCUGGAUGUCCCCAGCAAUGUGUCCUUGGUCACUGCUCAGCUGAGCAAGGACGCCCAGGCUGAGGCCACCCCCGCACCACCUCUGCCAGAGAGGAAUUCUCUCAGUGCCAUCUUCAACAAUGUCAUGACCUUGUGUGCCAUGCUGCCACUGCUGGUGUUUGCCUGCCUCAACUCCUUCCUGCACCAGAAGGUCUCCCAGUCUGUGCGGAUCCUGGGCAGCCUGGUGGCCAUCCUGCUGGUGUUCCUGGUCACUGCUGUCCUGGUCAAGGUGCAGAUGGACCCUCUCCCCUUCUUUGUCAUCACCAUGGUCAAGAUAGUAUUCAUUAAUUCGUUCGGCGCCAUCCUCCAGGGAAGCCUGUUCGGUCUGGCCGGCCUCCUGCCCACCAGCUACACAGCUCCCAUCAUGAGUGGCCAGGGCCUGGCCGGCUUCUUCGCCUCUGUGGCCAUGAUCUGUGCCAUCGCCAGCAAGUCGGAGCUGUCGGACAGUGCCUUUGGGUACUUCAUCACAGCCUGCGUGGUCGUCAUCUUGGCCAUCAUCUGUUACCUGGCCCUGCCCCAGCUGGAAUUCUACCGCUACUACCAGCAGCUCAGGCUGGAGGGGCCCGGGGAGCAGGAGACCAAGCUGGACCUCAUCAGUAAAGAUCCUUCCACAGCCUGUCAGCCCCCAGGAGAGGAGGCAAGAGCUAUCAAAGAAGAGUCUAGGGUGACGGUCCCCACCUCCCAGUCCACCAGCCACUCUGUCAAAGCCAUCCUCAAGAACAUCUCAGUCCUGGCUUUCUCCGUCUGCUUCAUCUUCACCAUCACCAUCGGCUUGUUCCCUGCUGUGACCUCUGAGGUCAAAUCCAGCAUUGCAGGCAACAGUGACUGGGGAAAGUACUUCAUUCCUGUGUCCUGUUUCUUGACUUUCAAUAUCUUUGACUGGCUGGGCCGGAGUCUCACAGCUGUUUUCAUGUGGCCCGGAAAGGACAGCCGCUGGCUGCCGAGCCUCGUGGUGGCCCGCCUGGUGUUCGUGCCCCUGCUGCUGCUGUGCAAUGUGAAGCCGCGCCACUACCUCCCUGUGGUCUUCCAGCACGACGCCUGGUUCAUCCUCUUCAUGGCUGCCUUCGCCUUCUCCAAUGGCUACCUCGCCAGCCUCUGCAUGUGCUUCGGGCCCAAGAAAGUGAAACCGUCGGAGGCCGGGACGGCAGGCACCAUCAUGGCCUUCUUCCUCUGUCUGGGCCUGGCACUGGGGGCCAUCGUCUCCUUCCUCUUCCGGGCAAUUGUGUGACUGAGGGGGACAAAAGGACUGCACUGCCCGCGUGCUGCCCACUUCCUUCUGCCAGAGACGAGCGGGGCUGAUCUGGAGGUUUGCUCUUCUAGCUGACUUCUGCUUUCUGAAGGCCCGUGCUGGGCCGGCCGGAUGUCCAGGCCCUGGGGAGGGAGCACAUUGGUGGCCUGAGGGGAGAGUUGGGAGGGGACACGCACCACCUCUGCCCAAUGGCUCGAGAGCUACCUUGGCAGAGAGGCUGAGGUAGAGACAGGGAAGUGUGCCUCUAUCAAGGAGCUGGGCUGGCCAGUGUACCAUCUGUGUGUGCCUCCUCCCCCUUCUCGUGUCCCCUCCCCUGCUUCCGGUGCCUUGUCCACUGUCACGCGCCUUGUACAGUUGCCGUUUUAUUGCCUUUUUUAUACUCAACAAAAACCAGGUGCCUUCUGAGGCUGAGUAAAUAAAUCUUUUUUUUUUUUUU